AUGAACUCCUUGGUCGCACUGUUCUGCUUGGCCGGUCUGGCGCGGGUCGCGUACUCUCAGUACGCCUACCCAUGCGCAGCAGCAGCACCAGCCCCACUUCUCCUACCAGCCCCCGCGGCCCCCGCGCCCCUAGUCCUCCCGGCCCCCGCAGUAGCCCCCGCCAACCCCUGCGCCGUGCCCCCAAUACUCGCCGCCCUAGCCCCCGCACUCCCUACCCUGGCACCUGCGUUAGCUAACACAAUCUCAGCAUCAAUCGCCGCGUCGCUACCUCCUCUGCUUGACGCUGCUUUACCUACAGUGCUGACCUCUGUGUUAUCUGCCGCUGGACCUCUACUAGAGGCUGCGUUGCCCCCAGGUUGUGGUUGUGCCCCAGCUCCUUUAGCUCUCCCUGCCCCUCUCGCUUAUGCUCCCCCUGCCCCCCUCACUUAUGCUCUCCCCGCCCCUGCUCCCUGCGCUGCACCCGCGGUGACAUACGCUGCCCUCCCCCUCCACCCCCUAUGUACGCGGCCCCCGCUUGCGGAUGCGCCCCAACUUCGUGUUUGUGUUACUAAACAUGUUGCAAAUUGUUUCUAA